AUGCAGACACGAGCUGAGUGUGAAGGUGCCAAGAUGCAAAGGGGGCCAAUAUUGACUAGUGUAUUGCAGCAGCAGGUAAAAAAUGAUAAUAAAAGGGCAGACCAGGUGUCUGCUCAGGGCUGCAGCGUCAGCAGGUCCUGCCUGGUGAUUAGCAUGCAGCUGCAGCAGUUACAGCCGAAAAAGCUCUGUCUUAUUUGGGGGGAAGGGCAGCUGCUAGGUGGGCAGAAACUCAAGACCUUCCGUCGAAGAUGUGAGAGAUUGAAAAAACGUACAAGGAAGGCCUUUGGAAUACGGAAGAAAGAAAAGGACACUGAUUCUACAGGUUCACCAGAUAGAGAUGGAAUUCAGCCCAGCCCACAUGAACCACCCUACAAUAACAAAGCAGAGUGCGCGCGUGAAGGAGGAAAAAAAGUUUCGAAGAAAAGCAAUGGAGCACCAAAUGGAUUUUAUGCAGAAAUUGAUUGGGAAAGAUAUAAUUCCCCUGAGCUGGAUGAAGAAGGCUACAGCAUCAGACCUGAGGAACCCGAGUUAUGCAUCUUUAACUGUGUUUUACCUACCAAAGGAAAGCACUUUUAUUCUUCGAGUGAAUCAGAAGAGGAAGAAGAAUCACACAAGAAGUUUAAUAUCAAGAUUAAGCCAUUGCAAGCUAAAGACAUUCUUAAGAAUGCUGCAACUGUAGAUGAACUGAAGGCAUCAAUAGGCAACAUUGCACUUUCCCCAUCACCGGUGAGGAAAAGUCCGAGGCGCAGCCCGGGUGCAAUUAAAAGGAACUUAUCCAGUGAAGAAGUAGCGAGACCCAGGCGUUCCACACCAACUCCAGAGCUCAUAAGCAAAAAACCUUCAGAGGACACCACAGCGCUUGCUCCCCUCUUUGGUCCACCAUUAGAAUCAGCUUUUGAUGAACAGAAGACAGAAGUUCUUUUAGAUCAGCCUGAGAUAUGGGGUUCAGGCCAACCAAUUAAUCCAAGCAUGGAGUCGCCAAAGUUAACAAGGCCUUUUCCCACUGGAACUCCUCCACCACUGCCUCCAAAAAAUGUACCAGCCACCCCACCCCGAACAGGCUCCCCCUUAACAGUUGGACCAGGAAAUGACCAAUCGGCCACAGAGGUCAAAAUUGAAAAGCUACCGUCCAUCAAUGAUUUGGACAGCAUUUUUGGCCCCGUGUUAUCCCCCAAGUCUGUUGCUGUUAACGCUGAAGACAAGUGGGUCCAUUUUUCUGACACAUCCCCGGAACGUGUUACUCCAGAGUUGACUCCAAGGGAAAAGGUGGUGUCCCCACCAGCUGCCUCAGACAACCCAGCUGACUCCCCACCUCCGGGUCCCCCGGGUCCUCCUGGCCCCUCAGGACCUCCGGGUCCUCCUCGCAAUGUACCGUCGCCGCUCAAUUUAGAAGAAGUCCAGAAGAAAGCUGAGCAGAACGUCAUUAAAGAUGAUUACUUAGAAACAAUCUCAUCUCCUAAAGAUUUUGGGUUGGGACAGAGAGCAACUCCGCCUCCCCCGCCACCACCCACCUACAGGACUGUGGUUUCGUCCCCCGGACCCGGCUCGGGCAGUGGUCUGGGGACCACCAGUGGUGCGUCAUCCCCUGCUCGGCCAGCCACCCCCUUGGUUCCUUGCAGCAGCACAACCCCACCUCCACCUCCUCCCCGGCCUCCGUCUCGGCCAAAGCUACCUCCAGGGAAGCCUGGAGUCGGAGAUGUGCCCCGACCUUUCAGCCCUCCCAUCCAUUCUUCCAGCCCUCCUCCGAUAGCACCCCUAGCCCGGGCUGAAAGCACUUCUUCAAUAUCAUCUACCAAUUCCUUGAGUGCGGCCACCACUCCCACAGUUGAGAAUGAACAGCCUUCCCUCGUUUGGUUUGACAGAGGAAAGUUUUAUUUGACUUUUGAAGGUUCUUCCAGGGGACCCAGCCCCCUAACCAUGGGAGCCCAGGACACCCUCCCUGUUGCAGCAGCAUUUACAGAAACGGUCAAUGCCUACUUCAAAGGAGCAGAUCCAAGCAAAUGUAUCGUGAAGAUUACUGGAGAAAUGGUGUUGUCUUUUCCUGCCGGGAUCACCAGACACUUUGCCAACAACCCAUCGCCAGCUGCUCUGACUUUUCGGGUGAUAAAUUUCAGCAGGUUAGAACACGUCCUGCCAAAUCCCCAACUUCUCUGCUGCGAUAAUACCCAAAAUGAUGCCAGUGCCAAGGAAUUCUGGGUAAACAUGCCAAAUCUGAUGACUCACCUAAAGAAAGUGUCGGAACAAAAACCCCAGGCUACAUAUUAUAAUGUGGACAUGCUCAAAUAUCAGGUGUCGGCCCAGGGCAUUCAGUCCACGCCUCUGAACUUGGCAGUGAACUGGCGAUGUGAACCAGCAAGCACCGACCUGCGCAUAGAUUACAAAUACAAUACAGAUGCAAUGACAACAGCCGUGGCCCUCAACAACGUGCAGUUCUUGGUCCCCGUGGAUGGAGGGGUAACCAAGCUCCAGGCGGUGCUCCCACCAGCAGUCUGGAAUGCUGACCAACAAAGAAUAUUGUGGAAGAUUCCUGAUAUUUCUCAGAAGUCAGAAAAUGGAGGGGUAGGUUCUUUAUUGGCAAGAUUUCAGUUAUCUGAAGGCCCAAGCAAACCUUCGCCAUUGGUUGUGCAGUUUACAAGUGAAGGAAGCACUCUUUCUGGCUGUGACAUUGAACUUGUUGGAGCAGGGUACAGAUUUUCACUCAUCAAGAAACGGUUUGCCGCAGGAAAAUACUUGGCAGAUAACUAA